UUAUUUGGUAAAUUGAUUGAACUGGCACGCGCAAGCCUUCUCGCGGACGCGCUCUCGUGCGGCUCUUCCCGCUCGUCUGUGUGUGUGCGCGCGCGUGUGUGUGUAAGGGAGAGAGAGAGAGAGAGAGAGAGAGACGGGGAAAAACACAACUCUAGGACCAGAGCGGUGAUAAAAGGACUGAACGAGGACUCGCCUGGAGACUCAGGAGCUGCUUACAGAGCGGUGCUGGAUUGCCCGAGGAUGGAGCAGGCAUAUGGGGCAGGAAAAGCCGGAGGAGCCUUCGAUCUGAUAGCAUUUAUCCAGCAGCCGCAGCCUAUCCUCCGUCUGGUGUGCUGGAUCUUUUCCAUAGUGGUUUUCGGGUGCAUUGCCAACGAGGGCUAUGUGAACCAUCCUAAUAAACCGGACGAGUACUGCAUCUUUAACCGUAACCAGAAUGCCUGUAAUUACGGUGUGGCUGUGGGCUCUCUGGCCUUUCUCACUUGUCUUGCCUUCCUAGCUUUGGAUAUCUAUUUCCCACAAAUCAGUGGAGUCAAAGACCGUAAGAAAGCAGUUCUGGCAGACAUCGGGAUCUCAGCUUUCUGGGUCUUCAUGUGGUUCGUGGGCUUCUGUUUCCUGACAAAUCAGUGGCAAGUGGCCAAUCCUGAUGACAACCCCUUAAACGAGGGUGCGGAUGCAGCAAGAGCAGCCAUCACCUUCUCCUUUUUUUCCAUCUUCACCUGGGGAGCACUAACGUUUCUUGCCAUGGAGCGAAUGAAGAAAGUUUCGUUUGAAGAGGAGUACAACAAACUCUUCGCCCCACAUGUCUAACAUGCUCCACACUUACACAAGCACAGGGAACAGGUGCUGGUGUCCAUCUCCCCUCUCUCUCUUUUUCUCACUCUAUUACUUUCUCUCUCACACUCUAUCUGGCAUGCUAUUCACACAGUAAGAGGGAUAUUUUGCAAAAAAUAUCACUUUUACACACACAAUCUCUACUUUUGUGCCAGGUAAUGCAAAUGUCCAUCAUCUUUAAAGCAGUAAUGUCUUUAUUUGAAGUAAUGUACCUGAUCAUACACUGGAGCCUGCUUUGCAAGGAUGCAUUGUGACUAAUAAUUGACUAAUUCUGUGAUUUCUUCCACUGAGUAAAACAAACUGGACCUGUUGAAUCGGGUUCAUUUAAGAAAACAAGUGUCCCAAACAGCCUGUAAUGAUAAUAUGAAUGUACCAAGGACAUGAUCUUUUCCCUGUGUGUAUGUUUACAAAUGUGUUGUCUAGAGGGCACUAGUUACACCACUUAGCCAUAACAUUACACCACAAAACCCAAAAAAAGCUCUGAUCCCUCUGGGCAUGACUCCACAAGACCUCUUAGGGUGUGCUGUGGUAUCUGGCACCACAAAGCUGGCAGUAGAUGCUUUGUGUGCUGUUACUGUAAUUGCCGGAUGGGGUCUCCUUGGAUAAGACUUUUCUGAUAAGACUUUUCUGCCCGAUUGGAUUAGGAACUGGAGAAUUUGCGGGCCAGGUCAGUGACCUUGGGUUCUUUAUGUCUGUGGUGCACUGGGUGUUCUAAUAACUUUCUAUUAUGGCCAGUGUUUACUUUUUUUAAUAAUCUGUGCUACAUUGGCUUUUCUGAAUUGGAAUGUUGGUUUCUGAGUGCCCAUGAUCCUGCCACCAGUUUACUAGUAUAUAAUUGAAAAUCAUUGUUAACGUGAUAAUGUUAUGUGGUGUUAAUGUUACGGCUAAUCGGUGUAAGAAGGAUAUUCCUGUUGCAACGGUUUAACCCCUCAAACCUCCUGCUGUUUAAAAGUUGCUUUUUUUUUUUGGUGACUACUGUGAAUUUUUUAGUAAUUACUGUAUAGUGAAACUCAUUGGCAAAAAAAUCUAAUCUGAUCCCAAUGCACGCUUAGGGGUUAAUUAUGUGCACACAUUAUUGUAGGAUAUAAUUUAGAAAACUCUUAUCAAUCCUUUUAAGUUAUGUAAGGUAACUUGUUUAUGUCUUGAUGCAUUUUUGUCCCCCAAUUGUAGUAGGCCUGCAUAUACAUAUUAUGCUAAAUUUAUAUAUUUUGAUUGUCACUUUUUUAACUGUUGGAUAUUAAGCUGUAUUUCAUUAUUAUUUGUUAUUGUUAUUAUUAUGAAGCUGCCCAAAGAGUGUUAAAAAUUGUUUUAGGGUUCUGACUGACAUCCAUAGACAAUGGUGCAGUUGAUGUCAAUAAAAUUGUCAGUAUGAAACUUAAAAGUAUGUUUCUUUUCUAGAUUUGUCUGUUUAAAGAUUUUUUCCUCAUUUUCUGUCUGAGUGCUUUAAGUUUAGUGUUAGCAUUAAUCAGGCAUAUUAAUUGUGGUUCAAAGUUUGAUAAUUCAAACAUUUUUUUAAACCACUUCUUUCACUGUG